AGUGAUUUAGGGGACAGGUGGUUUGCUCCUUCAGUGUUGGCUGGAUCUGGGGUCCGGUCACUUGCGCCAGAGACCGAGCGAGCGGAUGAUGCAGCUCCGGCUGAGCGUGUGACGGGCUGUUCGCCCCGCCGAGCCCUCACUGCGGAUCCGGCGAUUGCGGGAGAGCAGCCGGCGGAGGAGGAAGGCUUAAUUCAAAAGUGCAAAAGACCCCAGAAAGUGCCGGAAACACUCAGCGGGUCAGACACGUGUGGAAGGAGAGAGUUGAUGUUUGAGGUCGACGUUAAACCAAGGAGCGUUCUGAGACGGGUGCCGAGCUGUGGGAAUAAUGAGCUGGGUCUGAGUGAGCUGUUAUUCCUGGGAAAACCAGUGAGAUUCCAGGGAAUGAGUCUGCUCUGUGGACCAGAUCCAGGCAGAGACGAUGAAGUCAGCUCUCUCCGCUCUCAUUAGUCUGAUCCUUCUCCUUGUCAUAAGCGGGACCCCCCUGGGGUCUCAGGGGAUCGCCGUGGGAUCCGUGGGCGACGUCCCCCCAGGGUGGCGGACGUUGCUGGACGAGGGCACGGGUUGCCCGGGCUGUGAUGUGGGGCUGUGUGCCCCUCCCCGGGGCUGCCUGGCUGGGAUAGUCAGGGACCCCUGUGGCUGCUGCUGGGAGUGUGCUAACAUCGAGGGGCAGCUGUGUGACCUGGACAACACCAACCACUUCUAUGGGCAGUGUGGGGAGAACCUGGAAUGUCGGCUGGAGCUGUCCGGCCUGAGGGAGGGGGAGAUUCCCGAGCCCCAGUGUGUGUGCUGCUCCAGCCGGGCUGUGUGUGGCUCCAACGGCCAGACCUACCCUCACAUCUGCCGGUUCCAGGAGGCAGCCAGUGCCAACCAGACAGCCAACCUCACCCUGGCGCACCAGGGGCCCUGUGAGGCAGUUCCACAGAUCAUCUCCCCUCCGUUCAGCGUGUGGAAUACCACUGGAGAGGAUGUCAUUUUUGGCUGUGAGAUCUUCGCUUACCCAAUGGCUGCCAUCGAGUGGCGGAAGGAGGGGCUGGAGACCUUCCUGCCGGGAGACGACCCCCAUAUCUCUGUGCAGUUUCGAGGAGGCCCGUUGAAAUAUGAAGUGACGGGCUGGCUGCAGAUCCAGGGGAUCCACAGCUCUGAUUCGGGAACGUACCACUGCUGCGCUCGGAACAAACUGGGAGAGGUCUCGGCAGCUGCCAGUCUCACGGUCAUCUCACCAGAUCAGCUGGGUGAGGCAGACACUCGGUGGAGGCAAGCCCAAGCAGUGGCAGAUGAUUAUUCCGAUCCCGAUGACUAUUACUGAGGACUAAACCGUAGCCACCAGGAGACAACAGUAAUUGACUUGGAUGAAGCAAUGGGUUAUAAUAAAGUCUGCUGGUCUCACCCAAAUAA